AAAAUUAGUUUCUUUCCUGAAAAUUCCACAGACCCUUUUGCACCGGUGUGUGGAACCAUCGUCUUGAGGGACUCUGCUUUUGCUAAAAGCAAGUACUGCAAAAAUAACUUCAAUAACAUAGGAUACGCGUUCAUUGUAUUAGUGGAGCUGACUGUCGUCAACCAGUGGCAUAUUAUCGCCACUGGGUUUUCUCUGGUAACCCAUCCAGCAGCUAAACUUUAUUUUAUUCUAUUCCAUGUGGUUGUUGUCAUCAUGAUAAUCAACAUCUUUGUAGCAUUUAUUUUAGAAGCCUUUUUUGUGGAGUAUUCGUUGGAAAGAAGUGAAGUUGAAACUACUAUUGAGACCAAAAUUCAGGAGUUGGGUAUGGCUGUGCAAGAGGAGGAUCAUCUUUCUGGAAACUUAGCAGACAUGGAGAACUGUGAAAAUGAUACUGGAGCAUUUGGAGAGACA